AUGUACGGUGCGCUGUCACUCUUGCUCGGCGUUGCGACAAGCAUGCAUCAAUCAACAAAGAGCCCGCUGGCUGGUGGCGUGCAGCGGUUGUCGUCCUUGCCAGCCCUAGACACAGACUGUUGGCCUGUCGCAUGGGCCGCUCUGCGCUGGGAGAGGCCGUUGUAUCGCCGGAGGAAUCGGUACCUGCAGUGGGCGCAGAGUCCGCCUGGGUGCUCCGGCCAAGAUGCUACUCUAGCGCAAAGUGUCUGGGGGAUCGUCGUGCUGGCCGUUGCUAAGCCGAAAGGCGAAAAAGAGCAGCAAAGCCUAGCAACGAGUAACCCGAGAGAUACGACUGGUAUCUGGCCCAGAGUUCGCAGCUGUGACGGGAUCGGCUUCGCACUGCGUUCUCAAUGCUCACCAUAG